AUGGAGUCUAUGAGUACUCGUGUGCCUUGGCUUCCGGACGAGAUCCUCCUUAACAUCAUCGCCCACACGAUCACACCAACUACAAUUGCGCCGGAUGUUAUUCUCUCAAGUGGUCUGGCCAGUGGCGACCCAAAAUCUCAGACUUUUGAGACUUUUCGGACCCCAAAACUCCAGUGCACUGUCACUAACUUGAAGAGGACUUGCCGCCAGUUUCGUGCUAUGGUCAAUCAGCUCCUGCACAGAACAGAUUCAACUACAGUCGUGCUGGUGCGAGGACCGGUACCGGUUCGGAAUGACGACACUCCUCAGUCGAUGGAGGUAGCUGAACAGUACAAGGCUACUCUUGAGGAGGCGUUGGCACAUGCGUCGAACGACAAUCAACCUCACAAUGUCAUUGUCCAUUUUCAGCCUGAAUUGACUGCCGUAUAUGCUGGCAGUCAUUGGUUCUGGGAAAAAUGCUUCCUUAUCAACCCAUGUUUUCGGGUGACAGACAUCGAUACAGUCUGUAGUGCCCAGGAGGUUCAUUAUGCAGCCGCAGUGAUGCUUGCUGCGAUAAUGAACGUGAUUGUAGGGAGACGUCCUGGAGUCCGUAUUCGGCUUGUGUUUCAUGAACAAGACGGAACUUCUCUUUACAAGGAAUGUCCGAUGAUGGAAAUCAGCAGUCCCGUCUCCCGUAGAGUCCUGCCAUUCUGGGAAGUAAGAGCCAUCGACGUCAUCCUGGAUCACUGGCGUUGGCUGCGGGAGGACGACGAAGGGGCCGACGAAACGAACGACAAAGAGAAUGACAAGGAUGCCACCGCACGCCGAGACUCCUCCAUCCAUCAAUACAUCACAUUUCCUCAAAUGGCAUAUGCAAAGCCAUAUUUCCACGAGAAGCUCGUGAGGCAACACUGGUCGAAGAAGCUGCAGAAAGCGUGGUUGACUGAGGACAAGGGGCCCUUACCGCUCACUUUACAGGCACCAUACACUGGCCGACCGAAUGAAUGGUGGAGUCCACGCGACGAUUUGGAUGACUGGUAUCACUCCUGGCUUACUAUGCCUGAGUCCGAAGACGGACGACGUUCGAAUGCGUCCGAUUUAAGGUGUUUUCUCAUUGAAAUUGUCGAGCUUGGUGGACUGGAAGAAACCAAAAUAGAGGUCAUGGAGCUCCAACGUCCUAUUGGGACGACCACUCUCCAAUGGGCCAUCUCGAAUAUCGACUACAAACACAUCCGCAGGCAGCCACCGCGUCGAAGCUUGAGGCUGAUCAACAGAGCCAAGAAAAUGCAAUGA